GCUAUUUUGAGCCAAAAACAUUAUCGUUUUCUCACAUCUAUAAAUCCGAAUUCAUAUAUAUUUCUCUGCUUUUCAAUCUAUACAUACUUAUGGAAGACCCUUAUUGUCCAAGGCCAAUACACGCCAUAGUGAUGCCCGUCCCUCUCCAAGGGCACGUCAUCCCAGCCGUAAACCUGGCACUCAAGCUUGCAUCAAACGGCUUCACCAUCACCUUCAUCAACAACGAGAUUAUUCGCCACAAAAUCACCACCUCACACCCUCCGGCCAACUUCGAUGGAUCAGAAAACGACAUCUUUUGUGGCGCACGAGAAUGCGGUCUCGACAUACGACACCGGACGGUCGGCGACGGUUUCCCGUUGUCGUUUGACAGGUUGGCGAACGAUGAGCGGUACUUAGAGGAGGGUCAGUUGCAUGCUGUGCCGGUGCUUAUGGAUGAGCUUGUUGGGGAUAUAGUGAAAGAGGCUCGUGAUCCUCCUGUGUCUUGUUUGAUAGCCGACGGUUUCUUCACAUGGCCUUCCAUGAUAGCUGAGAAGUACGACCUUGUUUUUGUGUCGUUUUGGACUGAGCCAGCUCUGGUCUUCACUUUGUACUAUCACUUGGACCUCCUCAAAACCAACGGUCAUUAUGCAUCUCAUGAUAAUCGUGAGGAUACUAUUGACUACAUACCGGGUGUGAAGGCAAUUGAGCCAAAGGAUUUACCGUCGUACCUCCAAGAAACUGAUGUCUCCACCGUAAUGCACCGACUGAUAGACGUGGCAUUCAAGGAUGUGAAAAGGGCCGAUUUCGUUCUUUGUAACACAGUUGAAGAGCUUGAAUCUAAGCCCAUUUCGGCCUUACAAGAGAAGCAACCAUUUUAUGCAAUUGGGCCACUUUUCCCGUCUGGGUUAACCAAGGGCGUCGUGCCCACCAGCUUGAGGCCCGAGUCCAACUGCACCCAAUGGCUCAACACCAAGCCUCAUGGCUCAGUCUUGUACGUUUCAUUUGGUAGUUUUCUGACUUCUAGAAAGAGUGACAUUGACGAAAUAGCCCUUGGACUUGCCCUUAGUAAAGUGAAUUUCAUAUGGGUUCUUCGUCAUGAUGUUGUGAGUUAUGAAGAGCCUUAUGUCCUGCCAAUUGAAUUUGAAGAAGUCAAAGAUAGGGGUUUGACCGUGACGUGGACCAAUCAGGCCGAGGUAAUCUCACACCCGUCAAUAGGAGGAUUCUUAACACAUUGCGGAUGGAAUUCUACAUUGGAAAGUAUUUGGUGUGGUGUUCCAAUGUUGUGUUUUCCUUUAACGACUGAUCAGAUCACUAAUAAGAAAUUAAUAGUCGAUGAUUGGAAGAUCGGGCUCAACCUUAGUGAUGGGAAACCAUUGACUAGGUUUGACGUUGCGGCGAAGAUCAAUCGUUUGAUGAGUGGAAAAUCAAGUGCCGAAUUGAAGACGGAGACAAUGAAGGUGAGGCAGAUUUUGAGGAAUGCAUUGGCCAGUAAUGGAUCUUCCGAAAAAAAUUUGUGUCAGUUCAUUGCCAAUGUGAAGGCAAAAAUCAGUAAAUGAAUUCAACAAAAUAAUGGCAAGGAAAAAAGUAUAUCUUUGUUUCCUUCAUUGGCU